AAGGAUCGACGACUUUGAGUGUAAUUAUAGUGUAAUAAUCAUAACAGCCCCAAUGAUAAAAUUAAAAAAAAAAUCAAGAGAGGAGAAUGAAGAAAUCAUGCACUUAUACACAAUUAAACGUCGGUCAUACCCUAGUUUCCAUUUCUGAUUGUUUUUCAACCAAAAAACAAUACACAUUUGACAUUAGACCCCAAUAAUUUUAUCUGUUUGGUUACUGGAGAUACAUUAUCCCGACAGUACAGCUAAAACAAGAUACGGUGUUAUAUAAUAUAUUCCUAAGAAUAUGAGCGGUGGUUCCCACAUCCUUCAAGCAUAUAAUAUAUUCCUAUAACAUGCAAUGGACCAACCUCCCAACAAAAUGUUUUAAAAUGUAAAUGAUCGCUGUAACUUACAAGUUGUAGCAAAGCUAAAUGCACACGUUCUGAUCAGUGGAUCAGCAAUUAGAUACGUGUGAUUUCAUCCAUAACACAAGCCUUGAAAUCAAGAAAGGUGACUUAGCAAAUCAUAAUUUUUUUUUAAAAAAACAGUUGAGGAGAUUGUAAUGUCUUUUACUUAGUCGUAAGCCAUGUUUGCAUGAAACCAAACACAUUUAAAAUAUUCAUUUCAUUGACCAAUAACCACCCAAAUAAUGCUAUUUCUAAGCUGGAAAAAAAAAACACGAACACGAAAACGAAUACCAAGCAGAGGGUAAGACAUUAUAAUGGUCAAGUUCACCCUUAUAUUAUAUACCAGAUGGCAUUAUAUACAACUUUCCUUAAUAUGCGAGUCCACCGUUUAUAUGAUUAUAGUAUAAAUCCUUAUACGAACGCUGCAUAUAUAUAUAUAUAUAUAUAUGCAAUAUGCGAGUCGUAACUAAAAGGUUUUGGAUUCUUUCCAACGUAAAGCCAAGGAAGAUGCCGAGGAAGAGUUUAACUUUAACUCACCAGUUUUCCACCACCUCUUACGGUGUCGUCACCAUCCUCGUCUUUUCCGCUAUAUUGUAUCUCGUCUACUCGGAUUUCCGUUCAGACAUUUCCUCCUUCAGCGGACCAUACUCGGGACCCGUCAAGAUCCUUCCCGACAUAUCCCCAAAGUCGGGAACCAAUGCCAAUUCAAGCAUCGGCCCCAUGGCCAAUUCAUACUCACUGCAAAAAACACGAGGAAAGGAAGAGAACGAGGAUGAAGACGAGGAAGUGGAUCCAUUGAUACCUCCACUUAAUGCGAGCAAGGAAGAGAGGAUUAUAUGGUUCAGGGAAAAGUUACCAGAGCUCGAAAUACUCAACUCGACAAGCAAGAGUCGGAGAUUCCACGGACGAGUACUAGAUUUUUUCAAAAACAACUGCUCGGCUCAGUUCUUCAUGGUAUGGCUUUCCCCGGCCAAGACUUUCGGGCCUAGAGAUUUCUUAGCCAUCGACACUCUCUUCAGCACCAAUCCAGAUGCUUGCUUAGUGAUCCUAUCCCACACUUUGGAUUCCCCGAAAGGAUACAACAUCCUUAAGCCAUUUCUUGAUCGAGAUUUCCAAGUUCUUGCAGUAACCCCGGAUGUUCCGUUUCUUGUCCAAAACACUCCGGCAGAGUCGUGGCUGAAGAGGUUAAAGAGCGGGACCAUGGACCCUGGUUCUAUCCCCUUGUUCAUGAAUCUCUCCGAUCUGACAAGGCUUGCAGUGCUGUACAAAUAUGGAGGAAUCUAUCUAGACACCGAUAUCGUAUUCUUGAACGAUCUGACGGGCCUGAGAAAUGCGAUUGGGGCACAGAGUGUGCAUAGAGUAACGGGAAGAUGGACAAGGCUAAACAAUGCGGUGAUGAUCUUUGAUAUCUACCAUCCACUUCUGUUUGAAUUCUUGAAAGAGUACGCCACGAAUUUCGACGGCAAUAGAUGGGGAUAUAACAGCCCUUACCUGGUUUCGAGAGUCAUCGAGAGAUUAGGAAACAAACCCGAAUACAAUCUCACAAUCUUUCCACCUGAUGCCUUUUAUUCGGUGAAUUGGAUUAAGAUCCCGAGGCUUUUCAAAAAUCCUGCAAGCACAGACGAAGUAGGAUGGGUGGAGAAGACGGUGAAUAACAUGAGCAGCCAUAGUUACAUGAUACAUCUCUGGAACAAAGUGACACGGCAAAUGGAGAUAGAGGAAGGAAGCGUCAUGCACAGACUAAUAUCAACUCACUGUACAAUCUGCCAAAACAUUACAAAUUCCCAUGUAUAAUGAAAAGUAUAAUAUUCAUGGUGAGAGACAGGACAAGACAAAUGUAAUGUUCGUGAAGUAUAUGUUAUUUUUACCUCCAUUUGUUUUUCUCUUCGUUUACGUGCCAUGUUUAGUAAUAUUUUCGUCAGCAUA